UCGGGGACGGACUGACGUGGAACGUUCGACCGGAGGAGGGAAAGAGAAAACAUAUAUAAAAUCAUCGUAUAGAAUCUGUUACAUUAACACAAAAUCUGGACAGAUGCUGACUUAAACGGGGGGAUCAAAUCACCAACAAUGGCCAAUACAGGUAUGUGCUGUGCCAGCCUGGAGAAGCCCAAGGCCCUGAUGAAGAUGGGUCUGAAUGUGGUGCUUGUAGGACACGUCAACAUCCUGCUGGGGGCGCUAGUCCACGGGGCUGUGCUGCGACACAUCAACCUGAACACACAGGCCCGCACCAUGGCGUACUCCAUAUCUAAUGUAGUGGCACUCACUACUGGACUAGUGGGUGUUGUUGUAGGAAUCCUAGCCAUCAUCCUGUCUAAUAACAAGAAGAGCAGAGUGAUGACAUGGUCGUUGUUUGUGGUCAGCCUGUUUGGUAGUCUCCUGGCCACGGCCUCUGUGAUUUGCCUCACCGUUUCUGUGGUGAGGGCCAUAGUUAACGGUGGGCGGAGCCUCCUGACUCACUGCCGGUUCCCCACCGCUAUUGGCUACGCAAGCAUCACCAACGACUGCCCCUUCGACCCCACACACGUUUACAGCACGACCCUGAUCCUGUGGGUUCCUCUGAUCGUGACCUGUAUAGUCCAGCUGGUUUUCUCAGCGCGGUGUUUCUCUGCGUGUAUGUCUUUCCUGGGUCUACCCUGCUCCCCUCACAAGAUCAGGCCCAGGGACCAUGGUAGAACGAUACACUCAGUAGCACCCGCAGAGCCGCCCUCUCUCCCACACUCCUUACCCCGUCAUCCCCUUCAUCUGCACGUUCUUCACUCGGACCCGUCUCAUCUCAAAUCCCAGCGGCAGCCUCUUCCUCAUCUUCCUCAUCUUCAUCACUCAGACCCGCCUCAUCUCAAGUCCCAGCAGCAGCCUCUUCGUCCUCAGCAUCAGAACCAGAGAGGAAGGUCAGAUGGGCGGUCUGACAGGGGGCAUCUGAUAGCCCCAGAGGAACAUGAGAUGCUGGAACAAGGCUCCCAGCAGAGACCAGAGAUCAGAGAUCUGAGAUCAGAGAUCAGCUUCUGGAUCUAAUGAUGAUAACGAUGGACACCCAGAUACUGCUCCAUACCCCAUCCAUAUAAUCCCUAACCCAGAUACGGCUCCAUACCCCAUCUAUAUAAUCCCU